AUGAAUUUUCUCGCAUUAGGUCUUGUUUUAACCUCCCUAGUAACCGCAGGGUUUUUCACCCCAACUCCACAAAACCCCAAAUCGAGCGAUGAUAAUGUGAUAGUGAGAGACGGCCACCGAGUUGUGGUGGUCGAGUACGAGAAAGACGACGGCAACACCAAGGUUCUCAUCUCACCUCCCGAUAAAUUGAACGAGAAAAUGGAGGGUGAUGAAAUGGGAAAUUUAGUUGAAAGCCAAGAAGAUCGCAAAUUCAGCCCUCGGGAGCUCGUUUCCGAGGCCUAUGGGAAGUGCAAGCACAAGAUCGCUUCGGCCUUCGAGAAGACGAAGGAAUCCGCGGCCAAAGACAAAAUUCAAGAAUCUAAGGAGAAGGUGAAAGAUUCCGCAAAUGAGGUGAAGGAUGAGGUGGCGGAGAAGGCAAGGAGAGUCAGAGACACAAUGCAAGAAUCUAAGGAGAAGGUGAAGGAAGAGGUGGCGGAGAAGGCGGGGGCGGCGAGGAAGCAGCUGAGGGAGAUUUUGAGGCAUGCGUGGGAGGUGGCGGGGGAUGUGUUGUUGGACUACGCGGCGCCGAGGGAGAGGGUGGGGGCGGCGGCGGCGGCCGGGGUGGUGCAUUUGAUGGGGUUCGCGGCGGCGUACGGGAUGGGGGCGUGGAUCACGUUCGCGUCGAGCUACGUGCUGGCGGGGGCGCUGCCACGGAGCCAGUUUGCGGUGGUGCAGAGCAAGAUCUAUCCGGUUUAUUUCAGGGGGAUGGCGUGUGGUGUGGGGAUGGCCUUGUUGGGGCAUUUGGCGGGGCGGAGGGACCCCGCCCCGGUGUUCCAAGGGUUGAACCUCGCGGCCGCGCUUGGGAUGAUCCUCGUGAAUUUGAGGUGGCUCGAGCCUCAGGCGACUAAGUUGAUGGUGGAAAGGAUGAAGAAGGAGAAGGAAGAGGGUAGCGGACAAGCCGUGGAGACGAGCAGGAAGGCCGGGGAGUCCACCGCUGAGACGGCUGGCAGAGUUCCGGCUAGUGAAGCAGCAGCAAGGUCUCAGAUCAUCCAAUUGAGCCAAAAUCUUGAGAGGCUCAACUCAUAUUCAUCUUUCCUCAAUGCUCUAACCCUCGUGUCACUGACCUGGCACCUCGUCCACCUCGGCCAGCGCCUGCACGCCGCCACGUGUUGA